AUGGACGAACAUCGAGUUGAGUUGACGGAUCGCGUUUUUGGCGGCAACAAUUACGUGGAUCAAGAUGCCGCCACGGAGGGACCGCAGCAAUUUGCUGAUGGCGCCAUGGUCCCGCCACAGCCUGAUGUGGCUGCUGAUACCAAUGUUCAUGACUUGGGGGAAGAUGAUGAUGUUGAUGAUGAUGAUGAUGAGGAGGAAGAGGAAUAUGGCGCUGCAAAGGACACAACACUACAACUGUCUGUUGAGCGUGGCGGUUCGCCGAUGGAUAGUGCGGUGCCAAAAUCAAGGGAAGAAAGGGUCGCGCGUACCCUUCGGGAGGAAGCGCCACCGCCUACUGCAUCCACGGAGCGAGCGGACGCCAUGCUGCCGUCAAAUGUGGCAUCGCCGCCUCCUACGAGUCGACAGCAAAACACAGAGUUUGCGGCAGGAGACGACAUACUUCGAGGACGAAAGAAGCACGUCUUUAUUCUGACGAGUGCUGGGAAACCCAUCUUUACACGCUACGGUGACGAGGCCGACUUCAGCGAUCUCUUCGGCAUAUUCCAGGUACUUAUUGCGAUGGCACAUCAGCAGUGCAACGACGGCGCACCUGCGUACCAGCAAGCCGCCAGAGGUCUGCGCCGCGUUACGUCGGGUGAUUUGUGCAUGUACUUCCACGUAGAGGGUGAGCUCUAUUACGUUCUUGCCACGCGUACGGGGGAGUCAGCGCGCAGUUGCCUGCGGCAGAUGCGGCAGAUGCACCUCCAGCUGAUCAGCCUUGUGCCGAAUGUGUGUGACAUUCUCGCCCACUAUCCCUCGUACGACAUGCGCCGCCUCAUCUCCUCCGCCGACGCCGGCGUGCUACGUCAACUGAUCCGGCGCAACAGCCACGAGGAGUGCUACAUGUUCCGCUGUCUCGCCGCGGCGCCGCUAUCGGUGGGGCGCCGGCGCUAUCUGGAGGGGCUCCUCGCGCACCACUUUCGUACCGCCUUUGCCAGCGACAGCAACACGUCGGGAUUGAACGAGGCCGCGACAGCAGCUGCAGCGGAGCACCAGCUUUAUAGCUUUUUCUUCUUUCGCGGACGCGUAGUGUGUGCGGUGGGGCCGCCCGAUAGCGAUGCGUUGCUCCACGUUGACGAUGCGCUCCUGCUGCUUAACUUCACAUCUUGUCUGGCCCACUCACAGGAUGGCGAGAUUUGGGCUCCGUUUUGUUUACCCAAGUACAAUAGCACUGGCUACUUGUGGUGUUACUGCACCAACAUGAGUAUGAUGGCGCGCGAGUCUCGACGUGGACGCAUUGGCUCAACAUCUUUUGAUUACGCGAGUCGUCUGUUGCAGGAGCAGCAACGGCUUGCGGGUGAACCAUACUGCGAAAAAAGCACGCCACGUCAUGGGAUUGCGAGCGGCACUGUCAACACGAGCGUCAGUGCAUUGGAGGGGCUUGUCGACAGUACACCAUCGGCGUUCACAAAAUCAGAAGGACUGCUGUUGGUGCACAUCGCUGCGAGUCAAUUGGCGUUUCCGGCUCUCUCGGAACAGGCGUAUCAAGUGUCACGGCAGUUGCUUUCUCUGAUUUCACCACUUGAGGAGGAACUUGCACGGCGGGAAAACAUUCCCCUUUCCCUUGUUGCGGCGGAAGAGAAUGCGCAACAACUUCAGCAGCAGAAACUCGCUCAGUUAGUGGCUAUGGGGACUCAUGAAAUCUCUCAGCAGAUUGACGGCAAUGACACAAUGCCAUUAAAUUCCUCGUCUUCAAUGGCGGUCGCGUCCACCUUGCGAGCAUCCACUUUUAUUCACCAAGAUGGGCUACAGUGGUUUGCUGUUGUGCUAAAAACAAGCCAACCUGGUGGUGAGGGAGCUAGGACAAUUGUGUACAGUGAGCCGUCGCCGGCUAUGCGGCUUAGCGCGCAGGAGCGAAAACGACAGCUUAGGCUGUUAGUGAAGCUGCGGGAUCAGCUCUCGCGCUCGCCGGGACCACUUCUUGUUGUGAAGACGAAGAAUGAGAACGCCAUUGCCAUGAGGCCAACGUCCAGCCUAGUGGCAUUGCUCUUGCAUCAGUUCGGUGCAGCAACUGUGAACAACCGGUUCUCGCUUCGGCAAACCUCAGAGAGUGGCGGAAGGAACAACAGUAGUAUCGGCAGCAGCACUCCUGUGUCUGUAGCGGAAGCCAUGACUGCGUGCAGUCGGGUGCGGGAGCUCAUGCUUCUCUUUCACCCACAGGUGCCGAAGCCGCGGAUGCUGAUGUGCGCGAUGCGUGUGCUGGUGAAGGUGGCGGCGCAGGAAGGGGAACUCUCCUUCCAGCAGGUGCGCGGCGGCCGACACCAGCAUUGA